ACACAUAGCCCUCAGCACCCUCCGGUGGGGGUCUCAGUGCAGAUGGGGCAAUUGUCCAAACUGCAGUUGGGAGACACCCUGCUGCCCUCCAGGCCCCCCAGACACCUCGGCGACCGGUCAGGGUUGGGACAGUUCACAGUCCCCGAGGGGACCCAACACCCACCCGUCCCUGCUGCCUUGGCCCUCUGCACUGGGGUGUCCCUGUCAGGAGGGACCAAGGCGGAAGGCUCAGUGUCCAUGUCCAAAGACGUCCUCCUGCUCCUCCUCUGGGCACAGCAGGUGGGGGCAGUGCGGGGUGGGAGUUUGCAGGGGACAGCGUGGGCGGGACACGUGGGCUGCACCACACUCAGAUGCAGACACACAGAUUCACACAUAUUUUCACACAUUCAGACACACACACACACACACACACACACUCACAGACACACCCUCAGAUACACACAUUCACACACUCACACAGACUCACAGUCACUCCACACUCCCUGACAUAGUCUCCCUCACACACCACACUCACACUCACACACAGACGUAUCCCACCCAUAUACACACGUCCAGAAGCUGCAGGGAAGAGGGGAGGGAGGCAGGCAGGCAGGCAUGAGACACCCGGUCUCCGGUCCGCAGCCCCAGGGGCAGCUGGGAGGACAGUGGGGUGUGGUGGGCCAUCCGCCGUCUGUCCGGCGUCCAGCAGCUGUCAGCAGAGGCGUGGUGGGAGCUGCUGUCCAGGACAAAGCUGGAGUCCCUCCGGGCCGCAGACGCGUCCUCCUGAGCGAACCUUCUGCAGCCCCCCAGCGAGGCUGAGCUGCAGGCCUGGGGCGCGCGGGGCAGCCUCGGCCCUGGCUGCCAGAGGGGAGCUGGGGACCAGACCGCGGGGUGCAGGCCCAGCGGCCUCAUCACAUGGUCCUGCCCACACACUGGCUGCGCCUGGGGGCCGCACACGGGGCAGACUCUGGGCACAGGGCAGCUGCCGCAAUGCCAAGGGGAGUCCUCGAGACGCUCCUCACCAGGCCCGGGGCACUGCCAGGGGCUCCCGCAGUGGCUGCAGUACCACCUGCGGGCCAGUGUGCAGGACAGGUGUGGGUGUGUGUGUGUGCAGGACAGGUGUGGGGGUGUGUGUGUGCAGGACAGGUAUGGGUGUGUGUGUGUGCAGGACAGGUGUGGGGGGGGUGUGUGCAGGACAGGUGUGGGGGUGUGUGUGGAGAUGUGGGUGUGUGUGUGCAGGACAGGUGUGUGUGUGUGCAGGACAGGUGUGGGGGUGUGUGUGCAGGACAGGUGUGGGGGGGUGUGCAGGACAGGUGUGGGGGGGUGUGCAGGACAGGUGUGGGUGUGUGUGUGCAGGAGAGGUGCACAGACAGGUGUGGGGGUAUGUGUGCAGGACAGGUGUGGGUGUGUGUGUGUGCAGGACACAUGUUGGGACAGGUGCACCGACAGGUGUGUGGGUGUGUGGGACAGGCGUACGAACAGGCGUGGGUGUGUGUGUGCAGGACAGGUGUGGGUCUGUGCAGGACAGGUGUGUGUGUGUGUGUGUGUGUGUACAGGAGAGGUGCACAGACAGGCAUGGGUGUGUGUGUGCAGGACAGGUGUGGGUCUGUGCAGGACAGGUGUGUGUGUGGGGGGGCCUGGGACAGGUGCGCAGACAGCACUAGUCCAUGCAAACAGCACUGCGCAAACAGAACGGUCUACACAAACAGCCCCAGAUGCUGCCCCCCCUCGUCUGGGAGAGAAGCAGGGGAGGGGGCGAUGCCAGAGGGGUGAGAGUCGGGACACGUGGUGCUCUGGGCCACCCCGCACCCGCUUCUCCGGGGUGCGGCCUCUGGAGCAGUCUCCGUGCCUGAACAGCUCAGGCGGCGGCGGACGCAGCGCCAGGCCUCAGGAGAGGGGCCGCGGCCGAGCAGACAGAGAAGCUCGAAGCCAAAUAAAGAUCCCAAGUGACAUGUGCAGAAGCUUCUGGAAUGAGCACAGCUGCCUCCCCGCCUCAGGGCUCCAUCUUACUGAGGGCCCAGCCUGGUGCAGGGGACAGAGCAGGGUCCAGGCCGUGGAGGGUGAGGCAGUGCCUUUCCCAAGGGAGGGCCGGGGCUCGGUGGCGUUUCCCAGGGAUCUGGCAGCAGCAGGUUCGGGUCCUGCAGCCAGAAGCACGUGGGCAGCCGCCCGAGGGCCCCCGCGGACGUUCAUGACCUCCCGGCGCCUGCUCUUCCCCCCUGACCGACCGCGCAGACUGCGCCCGCUCUCCCUGCAGCUGACCGCUCAGACUGCGCCCGCUCUCCCUGCAGCUGACCGCUCAGACUGCGCCCGCUCUCCCUGCAGCUGACCGCUCAGACUGCGCCCGCUCUCCCUGCAGCUGACCGCUCAGACUGCGCCCGCUCUCCCUGCAGCUGACCGCUCAGACUGCGCCCGCUCUCCCUGCAGCUGACCGUGCAGACUG